AUGACUGACCGCGGGAGCGCUUUUGACGGCCGUCAGCCGACGUCACGGCAUCGCAGCCUUUCUCCAGAAGACCCCAGAUACCGCUAUGAGAACUUGAGUUACAGCUCGGGGGCUCAUGCUGGUGGCCCUUCCCGCACACGACCUCGACCGUCCCGUACUAGCUCCGACGUCAGCAAUCCCCCGCACGCAGCCUCUCCACCAUAUAGGGACAGUAGUAGAGCAAGUUCUACCGCGAGCAAAUCCACUCGAAAUACAUUGAAGAAGGUUCUGAGGCGUGACUCGUUACAUGCUGAUGCCAGUCCUCGUUCACCGAACGGCCAGUAUUAUCACGAGGGAGGUAGCUCCGGCAACGUAUCCAGGCUCGAACAGAUAGAGGAAGGCAAGAAGAGCAGACGUCUCAGGAACGAAGCGAGUUCAACCCGUCAGCUCUUCAGUUGAACCCAAGGACGAGGCCGGCGGCGGAAGGGUGGAAGCCAUGCUUCGGACUCUUCACAAUCUCAUCACAGACAUCGAACGCCGCAGCAUAGUAAUAGUCCUCUGACAAUGUCUAACCCCUCUGUGGUCUCGGUGGCGACGGACAUUCACCCAGAAUCAAGCGUCUCAAACAGCAGCAGUACAACAGUCACGCAAAGAUCCCAAGACGAUCGGAGCGACGACGAGGACAGUGAAUCUGGACCAGAAACAUACAUAUCAGAAGCAUCUGAACGGCCCCAUAGAGCUUACGACCGCAGAG